CUGUGUUGGAAGGCACGAAGGUUCAUCACAAAUUUAGCAUCUAUAAGAGAGAGAGAGAGAGGAAGCCGUCUCCUUCAAAUCACCCAUAUCAUCAGAGAUUAAUAAUUGAGUUAACAAAGAUUAAUUAGGGAUUAAGCAAAAUUAAGCAUGGAGGGAAAAGAAGCCAAGAGCUGCUGCCCACCUGGUAGUGGUAAAUCUUGUGGGACAAGUAAUGUUCCUUCAAAUGACAAGGCAUACUGCAAAUGUGGACCAGGAUGGACUUGUGUGAUCCGGAAAAUUGAAGAGCCUGAAGCUGAUGCCAAGCCUUUCUACAACUGCACUGAUCAGGGCUGUGUUUGCAUCACGGAUGAUUCCAAAAAAGGGGAGGGCUCAGGCAAAAAACAGAUAGUAGAGACUGCAGGGGCAUAUUGCUACUGUGGGGAAGGAUAUGCAUGCACCAUCACUAGAACAGAAGGCCCUGAUGCCGGAAAAGUGUUCUUCGAGUGUGGCAAUGGCUGUGAAUGUGAAGUUCCUGCUUCCGGAUCUGAAGUCGUCAUUCUUAAGGAUGCCUGAAGUUGCCUAAUUUAGCCUGUAUUUGGGGGAAAUGUUUGGAGGAAUUAAUUUGCAGCACAAUAUUUUUAUGUCUGUAAUUUAUAUUGGUUUUAAAGUAUUGCAUGAAGCUAGACUAGAAAACGUAUUGUUGCUGUCAAUAAAACUGUGAAGCUUUAUUUGUUGGACAGUAUGAUUUCCCUUUGUUAAAUGAAUGAGACUUCAAAGUUCCUAA